CCAGGACCUGACUAGAACCAGGACCUGACUGGAACCAGGACCUGACUAGAACCAGGACCUGACUAGAACCAGGACCUGACUAGAACCAGGACAGGUUGCAGAGAUGAAGCUGGAGGUGAAGAUUCAGCUGCUGAGGUUCUGCUCUACAGUAUUAAACUCCAUCUUCAUGGCUCUGGGUGUGAGUGUAGCCGGCUGUGCAGUCUGGAUCCUGUUUGACAAAGGAAGCUUCCUGUCCGUCAUCUCCUCAGUGGAGAUGAAGACAGUGGGAGCAGGGCUGUUGAUGAUUGGUGGAGUGGUGACGAUGGUCAGUGUUUUGGGAUGUUUAGGAGCUCAGAGUGAAAACAGAUUCCUGCUGCUGAUGUACAUGGGCCUCCUCAUCGUGCUGGUUCUGGGUCAGCUGUUCAUCACACUGCUGCUGAUCAUCAACAGAGAGAAGGUGGAGCAGAGUCUGGAUGACGCGGUGCAUCGGAUCAUCGUUGGGUACGGAGGCGGCGGCCGUGAGGACAGACUGAUUGACAACGUGCAGCACCAAGGGAGCUGCUGUGGCCGGACGGGUCAAGCUGAUUGGCUGAACAACUCUGUCAUCGAGAGUUUGAAUCUGACCGAUCCAGAUGUUCUUCCGUGUUCCUGUUUUAAACAUAAUCAGCCGAUAUUCAACUCGUCCUGGUGCUCCGAGAACAUCACCGAGCUGCAGUAUGGACGAGGAAACAUGUCAUAUCAUGAGGGCUGCAAAGAGAAGCUCAGUGAUUGGCUGCAGGAGAACACUCUGACCAUCAUCAGCAUGGACGUCAGCCUGGUUUUACUCCAGGUGCUUCAGUUGGUUCUGGCCGUGUACCUGCACCGAUCAUUUGGCCAAAAAGCCUCUUUGAAAAGAACCAAUCGGCUGGUCGAUCCUGAGCCCGCCCAGGAAGCAGCCGGCCCCCCCGACGGCGAGCAGAACUACGCCUACAUAGACCCUGAAUAUGAUCACAUGGACCCCAACCAUCCAGCUCGUUACCAUGACGACCUACAUCACGGAGUACCCCCCCCACAUGGCUUAUCACCAUGACGACCUACAUCACAGAGUACCCCCCCCCCCCACAUGGCUUAUCACCAUGACGACCUACAUCACAGAGUACCCCCCCCCCCACAUGGCCUAUCACCAUGACGACCAGAUGUAGCAGGAAACAGCACAGAUGUUUAUUAGAUGUUCUGUUCAAAUCAGUUUGAUCAAAUGUUUGAAAAAGAGUCAGUUUAUAUGAUCUCAUCAAUAACUCAUCAAUAACUAAUCAAUGUGUCAUCAAUAUCUAAUCAAUAACUCAUCAAUAACUAAUCAAUAACUAAUCAAUGUCUCACAGGAAUCGGUUGAAGUGAAAAAUGCAAAAAACAAAUUUUGACUGCAGUUUCUGAGAGAAUUUAAAGUAAUAAGAUCAAGAUCAUGUAAUCAAUAAAAGAAUCUAAUAUUUCA